AUGAAGCUGCUGGUGUCUGCAGGUUCAAUGCUGGAUGGACGCAGACGGAAGAGCGGGGAGUUUUUGACAGCUGGUGUGGAGGCGGCAGCCCCGCCCCCGGUCCCUGCCGUGGAAAAGUACCCGGGCGCCCAGGUCCCCGCCCCUUGCCCCGCCCCCGAGCCGGCUCAGGCCCCUCCCGGCCCUCCGGGAAAGCCCCCUCCCGCCCGGCCCCGGCCCCGGCCCCGCCACCUGCUCCCGCGGGCCGUGGCUGCGGGCCGUGGCCGGGAGCCGAGGACAACAGCCCGAGGGCACCGAGACUCCCUGGCGCGGCUUCCCAGGACCUGCUGGCGCGCGGGAACCCUCAACCGGCCGCCGAGUGGGCGGGCAGAUAGUGAGGCAGGCCGGCUGGAGGGGCCAGAUAGGCAGCUUGGCCGGCCAGCGGCCGGCAGGGAGAUGGAGAGCAGGAGCCCGCACGAGGGGCGCAGACACCCGGCCCACCGGUUCCCGGCGCCCGCAGGCCCCAGGCGCGCCGACCCACUGGCGCCUCAGACAGAAGCUCUGGUUCCGGCGCUGCCGGCACAGCCCCGCUCCCGCAGCCCCGGACCGAACCGGCGUCGGCACGCAUCUCCCCCUCCUCCAGGAGCGCCCCCCGCCCCGCGCCGCGUUCCCUCCCGCUUCAGCUCCUUGGUGACAGCGGUUGGGAAGGGCAUGGCCAGCCUGGGCCACUGUGAGGAGAGUAGGGGGGCUCAGGCCAGAGGACAGAGAGAAGGACUGAUGGAGUCAGACAUCUCGCUGGCUUGCUUCUUCCUGGGGCAGGGCAGUAAGAGGACAGGCAGCAGCCGGGGCCCACCCACUUCCAGCCCAACCCGGCUUGCUGACCUGGAGCCUGGGCCCAAGAGAAAGUCUGAAAGGGAUGCUAGAGAUAAAGCCAAGGUGAAGGACAAACCACAGAGAAGAUCUUCAAGGUUAUCUGCUAAACCUGUUCCUCCAAAGCCAGAGUCCAAGCCUAAAAAGGCCCCUGCAAAGAAGAGAGAGAAGGUACCCAAAGGGAAAAAAGGGAAAGCUGAUAUUGGUAAGGAUGGGAAUAACCCUGCAGGACAUGGAGAUGCCAAGACAGACCAGACACAGAAAGCUGAAGGUGCUGGAGAUACCAAGUAA